GGAGCCCCAGCACGGCGGCCCGGGGCCUGCGCCGGGCCCCGCACCGCCACUCCCGGCCCAUUCCCGCCCCCCUCCCCGGCCCCGCACCGGGACCCCCGGCCCCGGCCCCGGCCCCGUUCCCCGCACCGGGACCCCCGGCCCCCUCCCCGGCCCCGCUGCCCGCACCGGGACCCCGCACCUUCUCCCCGAGCCCCGCACCGGGACCCCCUCCCUCCUCCGGGACCCCGGGCCCCCUCCGGCCCCGCCCCGGUCCCCCCGCCCGCUGCCGGUUCCGCUGCCGGUUCCGCUGCCGGUGCCGGUGCCGGUGCGGCGCGGCCAUGCCCGGCGGCGGCGGCGGCGGCGGCGGGGCGCAGGCCCGGGCCCGGGGCGGGCGCGGGGCCGUGUGAGCGCCCGGCGGGGGGACACCGGCCCCGCGGCGCCGCCCGCAGCCAGGCGGCGGCGGCGGCGGAGCGAUGGCCGCGCAGGGCGAGUACCAGCGGCUGGAGGACGAGGAGGACUCGCCGCCCGGCGAGGAGGAGCUGCUGGUGCACGUCACCGAGGGGCUGCGAGACUCCUGGCACCACAUCAAGAACCUGGAUAAUUUCUUCACCAAGAUCUACCACUUCCACCAGAAGAACGGCUUCGCCUGCAUGAUGCUCUCCGACCUCUUCGAGCUGGUGCAGUUCCUGUUCGUGGUCACCUUCACCACCUUCCUGCUGUGCUGCGUGGAGUACGACGUGCUCUUCGCCAACCGGCCGCUCAACCGCAGCCGCGCCGGGACGCCCGACCGCGGCAAGGUGACGCUGCCCGACGCCAUCCUGCCCGCGCCGCAGUGCGCCCGCAGCAUCCGCGCCAGCGGCUGGAUCAUCUUCCUGCUGGCGAUGGCGGCCGUGUUCUGGCUGUACCGCCUGGUCAAGGUGCUCUGCGGCCUGCUCAGCUACUGGGAGAUCCGCACCUUCUACGUCAAGGCGCUGCGCAUCCCCUCGGACGGGCUGUGCAACUACAGCUGGCAGGAGGUGCAGGCGCGGCUGAUCUCGCUGCAGCGCGAGCAGCAGAUGUGCGUGCACAAGAAGGAGCUGACGGAGCUGGACAUCUACCACCGCAUCCUGCGCUUCAAGAACUACACCGUGGCCAUGGUCAACAAGUCGCUGCUGCCCGUCCGCUUCCAGCUGCCCCUGCUGGGCCCCGUCGUCUUCCUCACGCAGGGCCUCAAGUACAACCUGGAGCUGCUCCUCUUCUGGGGCCCCGGCUCGCUCUUCCAGAACAAGUGGAACCUGCAGCCGCAGUACAAGCGGGCCGGCCCGCGGCUGGAGCUGGCGCAGCGCCUGGCGCGCACCAUGGUGCUGCUGGGGCUGGCCAACCUGCUGCUGUGCCCCUUGGUGCUGGUGUGGCAGGUGCUCUACGCCUUCUUCAGCUACGCCGAGGUCAUCAAGCGGGAGCCGGGCAGCCUGGGCGCCCGGCGCUGGUCGCUCUACGGCCGCCACUACCUGCGCCACUUCAACGAGCUCAACCACGAGCUGCAGGCGCGCCUGAGCCGCGGCUACAAGCCGGCCACCAAGUACAUGAACUCCUUCGCCAGCCCGCUGCUCGCCGUGCUGGCCAAGAACGUGGCCUUCUUCGCCGGCUCCAUCCUGGCCGUGCUCAUCGUCCUCACCGUCUACGACGAGGACGUGCUCACGGUGCAGCACAUCCUCACCGCCGUCACCGUGCUGGGGCUGGCGGUCACGGCGGCCAGGUCCUUCAUCCCGGACGAGCACACGGUGUGGUGCCCCGAGCAGCUGCUGCAGGGCGUCCUGGCCCACAUCCACUACAUGCCCGACCACUGGCAGGGCAACGCCGGCAAGGCGGCGACGCGCGGCGAGAUGGCCCAGCUCUUCCAGUACAAGGCGGUCUUCAUCCUGGAGGAGCUGCUGAGCCCCAUCCUGACGCCCCUCAUCCUCAUCUUCGCCCUGCCCGCCCGCGCCCUGGACAUCGUCGACUUCUUCCGCAACUUCACGGUGGAGGUGGUGGGGGUGGGCGACAUCUGCUCCUUCGCCCAGCUGGACGUCCGCCACCACGGCCACCCGCAGUGGCUCUCGGCGGGGCACACGGAGGCCUCGGCGUCCCGGCAGGCCGAGAACGGCAAGACGGAGCUGUCGCUGAUGCGCUUCGCCCUCAGCAACCCGCGCUGGCAGCCGCCGCCGCGCAGCGAGCUCUUCCUCAGCCUCCUCAAGGAGAAGGUGCAGCAGGACGCGGCCGCCCCGCGCGUCCCGGCCGAGGGGCUGCCGGGCGCCUCGCUGCUCUCCGACGAGUCGGCCGCGGCGCCGGACGGGCUGCUGGCCAGCGUGCUGGCCCGGCCCCUGCUCUCUGCCAGCGGGCUGCUGGCGCGGGAGCGGCGCUGGGGGCAGCCCUGCGGCACGGCCGGUGCCGCCGCCAGCGUCCUGGCGUCCCUGUCCUCCCCGCUGCCCGGGCGGCCGCGGCUCCCCGCCGCCGAUGACCACAGCCCCGGCGGCCGCAGCGACCGCCUGCUCCCGGAGGAGAGCCUGCUCCUGAGCGAGUCGCGCCUGCUCAGCCUGAGCCGCUCCGCGCUGCUCGCCGAGGUGGCCUCCGCCGAGAUGAGCCUGCACGCCAUCUACAUGCACGAGCUCCACCAGCAGCAGCAGCAGCAGCAGCAGCAGCAGCAGGGCGCUGGGCCCCACGCUGCCGCGGUGUGGGUGGCCGCCGGGGCCCCCAAGCCGCCCGCCGUGACCACCGGCUCGGCGGCCAGGGCCUCGCAGGCUCAGCAGCGGGAGAUGCCGCUGGGCGGCUGGGCCGAGGAGGACGAGGACGAGGACGAGGACGAGGAGGAGCCGACGGGCUAGCUGGCCUGGGCGACGGGGUCCCCGGCGUGCCGAGAGCGCGGUGCCUCCGUGGCGGGGCGCAGGCAGAGCCGCUGCAGGGAGGUGGCGGCUGCGGUGGCACCGGGGGUGGUGUGUCGCGUCCCGGGGGGGCCCAGGAGCCGGGCGCAGCGGGGCUCAGCCACCCCCGGCCCCGCGGAGGCCCCCGCUUCGGCGCCGCCGUGCUCCCGCCCUGCCCGGCCGGUGGGGGCCGGGGGCCACCAGGUGCUAUGUUUAUACUGGGGACACGGCGCCUCGGGCCCGGACCCGCGCGGGGGGACAGUGCCAUCGGCCACCCUGCCACCAUGGCCGAGGGGGGCCCUGCCCCACGCCGCGGGGUAAUAAAGGUUUACAGACUGGC